CCGCCAUUUGAACCUGGCGCAUCCACACACACCCCCGCCCCGCGCAGAGACAACCCCGCCCUCGCCAGCGCCGCGUUCCCGCCCCCUGGAUCCCCCCCCUCGGCCGUGCCCUGAGCCUCCUUUAAAUCGUGUGUUUGCACCGAUACCAUGGCCCGCGACGAGUUGCAGGCCACCAACCAGCGCCUCCAUGACCUCGAGCGCAAGCUCUCGCUCACGCUGAGCUCGUCGCUGACGUACACGGCGGCGUCGCACGGGCUGGUGGUGCAGAACCCGGCGCACUCGGGGCUUGCCCGCCAGAACAUCCAGCUGUCGGUGAUUCAGUACAUCCGGGACAGCCAGCCGGGCUUCGACGCGGGCCGCGUGUUCACGGACCGCCAGCAGCGCCACGCCACGGCCUUUGCGCGCGAGUACUCGCCGGCCGGUGGGUCACCGUACACGGACUACUUUGAUGCGGAUCCAAGCGAGGGUCGCGAGGCCCGUGGCCCGGAUCGGAAGAGCUAUUAUGGCCAGGAUCGGACUGACGAUGUCAGUGGCAACCCAAGAGAGCACUAUGGCCAGGAUAUAAAUGAGCACUAUGGCCAGGAUAUAAAUGAGCACUAUGGCCAGGAUCCAAAUGAUGAUCUCCACAGGAACCCAAAUGAGCACUAUGGCCAGGAUAUAAAUGAGCACUAUGGCCAGGAUCCAAAUGAUGAUCUCGACAGGAACCCAAAAGAGUACUAUGGCCAGGAUAUAAAUGAGUACUAUGGCCAGGAUCCAAAUGAUGACCUCGACAGGAACCCAAAAGAGCACUAUGGCCGGGAUAUAAAUGAGUACUAUGGCCAGGAUGCAAAUGAGCAGGAUGGCCAGGAUCCAAAUGAUGACCUCGACAGGAACCCAAAAGAGUACUAUGGCCAGGAUCCAAAUGAACACUAUGGCCAGGAUCCAAAUGACCAUUCCGACCUGGACCUACACAAGGGCUUCGACAGAAAUCCAAAUGAUGACGUCGGUGGGAGUCUAAACAUGAACCUGGACCAGCACCCCGACCAGCACCUUGCCAGCGGGGACGGCUUUGGCACGCACUCCUCCGCAGACGACGACAUGCUCCUCCCGCCGCUGCCGCCGCGGCUGCCGCCCAGGGAGUUGGACCCCUCCAAGUUGUACGGGCUUUUCGACUUCCUGGGGCCCGACCCCCUGCAUUGCACGCUCCGCCGCGACGAGCCGGUCUACCUCCUCAACGACCUGGACAAAUACUGGUGGCUCAUCAAGAAGUUGAGCACGCAGGAGCGCCAGCUGUUGCCGCGUGGGCAGGCGUCGCCGCACGACGCGCUGGCCGCGCAUGACGACGGCAAGAUCGGCUUCGUGCCGGCGGAGUGCUUGGAGACCCACGGCGAGCGCUUGGCGCGCCUCAACUGCUUCCGCAACGAGGAGCUCGAGCGGUCCUCGCGCGACACGCUCCCGGCCCUGGGCGCCGUCAGCAGGGUCUCUCUAGACGAGUCCAUUGAUGGCAGGGGCCUGGGCGCCCUCCAGCGGUCCAGCUCCAUUCUCAAGAAGGCAGGCACAUACGUCCAGAGCAACAAGCUGGUCACGUUCGAGAACUUGGGGGACCUCCGUCUCGACGACGAAGACUCCGACCUCGACGACGUCAUGGACUUCUCCGACAACUACUACUCCGUGGGGCAUGCGGACGUUGCGGGCCGCGCCGCCGACAGCCCCGAAGAGCCCUCGGAUGUCCUCAGCGACACCUAUCCACCGGACGCGCCCUUGCAGAUCCGGAAGCCCCGUGCCACUGCCUUCCCCGCGUCCUCGGACUUGGCCGACUUUGCGCAGCCCAGGCUACUAUUCUCGGGCGACAACACCUCCAUCGGCUCGUUUUCGCCGGACACGCCUCCCGCGAAACAUGCCGUGCAUGUCGCCAGGCCAAACUCCGCCGAUGGCGACGAGGGAGAGCACUGCUUGCGGCGCUCGUUGAUCAUCGACCGUCUCAACAUCGUGACCUUGGGAAUGGACUCGCAGGCUGCCCAGACCGCCGCCGCUGCCCACGAGCCCACGUUCGGUGGCUCUCUAAGCCUGCGUGCUCAUUCAGACGACGACAGCGAGGGAAGCAUGUACGAGCCCUCUCCCCCCGACCGGCCAACAAGAGCACUGAACCGUGCCUUGAGCGGCAUUGCCUACGGGGACAAUGAAGGCCUGAACGACCAAAUCUCCCGAAAGUCGCUCCUGGCGGAAGAUUUCAAUACCCCUCUCACAAGCGUCAACUCGGUGAACUGCGUGUCCACCUCCCCCAAACCACCCGCUCCAGUCGCCCGCGAGAAGAGAAGGAAAAGACCUGUUUACGACAUGUUCCUGCCUAUUCUCGGCCAGUUGGACGAGCUCACUGAAAAGCUUGCCGAGUUGGAGCACACUCUAUAA